AUGGAUGAUUUAGAACAAAUUCUUCGCCUGACUGACAUAUCAUGUGAUGGUGAAGCAGUUGAAUAUAACAAGAACGGCAAUCCAUUCAUCACUGUAUCAAGGAACACUAAAGCAGAAACGCGAGAAAGUAGAAACAACAGAUUAUCUCGUGAACAGCUUGAAUUAUCUCAAAGAUCACUUGAAGAGCGAGCUGAACAAACUCGUGUGCGUGUUCCUGUCUUAAUUACACCAGCUACUUCCGCUCAUCAAAGUCGUGCAAAUUCUCGUGCAACUUCUGCUGCGUCAAAAUCAUUAAAUUCAGUCACUAUGAACCAAGUGAAAGCAAGAACUAAAACAAUGCCUGAAAAAAUGUAUCAAAUGCGUCAAGUUUAUUUAACUCAGUUAUUAAUCAAUAAAAAGCAGCAUGACAUCGCAAAAUUGCAUAGAAUACAGGUUAAUACGGAAGCUCAAGUCAUCAAAGAUGAACAAGAUUGCGCAGAUGAAGCAAAUGAAUAUAAAAUUUCAAUGAAUAAACUUCAGGCUGCACUUUCUAAGAGCAGGAAGCAAGCAGCAGAGAACUCUGCGAUGUAUUCUACUCUAAACAAAGAGCUAAUUCAAUUACAAGCAAGUGUAAAUACAAAAACCUCAAUUAUCUCCAAAAACGAGGAAAUUUUGGAGACUUACCAAGAGUGCGAAAAGUUUUUGAAGGGAUUUCUUAAUGAAGGAUAUAAUAAUAUUUUUGAAUAUUUCAAUCACCCUUCUGUCCUUGUUGACGAGCUUGAUCUUCUUCAGAGUGAGACUCUCAAUCUCGUGAAGUGCUACAAUCAUUACGUUGAAGCUCAGGGAGUCAUAAAUGAAAAAGUUCAGAAAAAAGCCAGCCAACAAGAGCAAGAAGAGAAAGAUAUAACAGCCUCUGAGAACAAGCCACGUGAAUUAGAGUCCAGGGACUACAAUGGAACAGAGGCUGCGAAGAAAAAUGAUUCAUUAGAUCAAGAAAUCGCCAAAUUAAAGCAAUUGGUUACUGAUACUUAUGUAGCUUGUUUUGGAAGCAAGCCUGAUAUCAGUCCCAUGAAUAUGCUUGAAAAAAUCGAGUCUUCUCUCGAAAGUAUGAUCAAAAUUGAAGAUACUGUUUCCUCUGACAUCCUUUCUGAGAUCAAAACGAAGAAGGAUGAAGAACGUAAGCUUAAAGAACGUUUGGAUGGCCAGGAAAAGCGUCGUCUUGAACAAUUGCGAAAAGUUGAACAAGCUUUGCAGAGAGCGAACAAAUCUAUUCCAAAGCAUGAUAAGAAGCGUUCCAUUGAGCGUAUGCUUCCUUACAAGCUUGUUACAAAGCACCGCAACCAAUCUGAUAUUCUUGCCGCCCAACAAGAAAAAGAGAAUGCUCUUCUCUUUGGCCCACCCGAGUAA